AUGGUGGUUAAAGAAUGUCGUACCGCCAUUCCCAUUAAUGAUAUAGACAUUUCUUGCCUAACGGUUCAUGCUCAACAAAUCAAAGAGGAGAAACUUAAGGAAAGGUCUAUGGAGGCAAAGAGGGCAAAAAUCGGGGAUGAUGACUUUUUACAUUCAAGGUUCGGUGGAGGUAAUCAUUUUGAAGGUAAUGGUUCUAGUGAGCAAAUGGUAUCUGAGUCUCAAAAGUGUGGAAAAGGCUAUAGGGGUGAGUGCCUAGAUGGUUCUAAUACAUGUUUUGGUUGUGGAAAAAUGGAUCAUAAGACAAGGUAUUGUCCUAUGGUCUCUAAGAAUAAGAGAGAUAAUCAUCGACAAGCUCAACCUUACCCUUCUUCAGGUCCUAGUGUUGGUAAAAAACAUAAUAGGUUUUAUGUUCUCCAGACUCGACAAGAUCAUGAGAGUUCCCCGGAUGUAAUAAUUGGUUUGGACUGGUUGCGUGAGAAAAAAACUGAAGUAGCAGAAAUGGCAUUUGGCAGAGCCCAACCACGGGUCAUCAUCCAGUCGACGAGCCGUAGAUUGAGUGGCGUCUAUAGUCUAGUGUAUGACAAGUAUACAAAGUCAAAGCAAUCCCCUGUCUCCCAAUGA